GACAACCUUUUCUUGAUCAAUAAUCGACUGACAGACUGCAGAAGCAUAGUUGUAUUAACACACACAUAAAUGUUUUGAGUUGCAAAGAUGUAGUGCAAUUUCCUCAUCUCCCUUUCUGUCCCUUGAAACAAGUUAGAAAUAUCAGCAGUUGUCCCAAGACCAACGCUAGGGGGAGGAAAAGAAGAGGUCAAAAAGGAAAGAGAGGGAUGAAUGCAUCAAUUUCAAUUGGGCUUGGGCAUCAUGUCCAUGUCCAAUUGACGCGAGGAGUCUUGCUCCAUAUAAACCCCAUAAGCACCCCGCCCAAUUCCCAAUCAAAAUUCCCAUUUCUUUUCUCUCUCUCCUCUCUCUCCUCUCUCUCCACCACCACUACCCAGCUGCGAGCUGUAAGAGGAAGAAGAGUGGCUGCUUCAAUGUCUUACGAUAAGCAAUUGGCUGCUGCCAAGAAAGCUGCGUCUCUGGCUGCUCGUCUAUGUCAGAAGGUGCAAAAGGCUUUAUUGCAAUCUGAUGUCCAAUCAAAAUCUGAUAAAAGUCCCGUCACAGUGGCUGAUUAUGGUUCACAAGCUCUUAUCAGCUUUAUUUUGGAGAAAGAGUUUCCAUCAGUGCCUUUCUCUUUAGUAGCUGAAGAGGACUCUGGAGACCUUUGCAAAGAAGAAUCUCGAGAAACACUGCAUCGCAUAACAGAACUCGUGAAUGAGACUCUUGCUACUGAUGGAAUGAAUGAUAUAUCACCUCUGUCUGAGGAAGAUGUGCUUAAGGCCAUUGACAAUGGAAAAUCUGAAGGGGGUCCUCAUGGUCAGCACUGGGUUUUGGAUCCGAUCGACGGCACCAAAGGAUUUCUAAGAGGAGAUCAAUAUGCUAUUGCAUUGGCAUUAUUAGAUGAAGGGAAAGUGGUGCUGGGAGUUUUAGCCUGUCCAAAUCUUCCCUUAGCAUCUAUUGCCAGAGGCGGUCAGAGCAUUUCUGGAGAUGGAGUUGGCUGUCUCUUUUUUGCCCAAGUUGAGGCUGGAACAUACAUGCAGAGUUUAGAUGGCUCCACGCCAACAAAGGUACAUGUUACUGCUAUCGAAAACCCUGAAGAAGCAUCCUUCUUUGAAUCUUAUGAGGCUGCCCAUUCUUCACAUGAUUUAUCUGGUUUGAUAGCAAGGAAACUUGGUGUUAAAGCACCACCGGUUAGGAUUGAUAGCCAAGCAAAGUACGGUGCUUUGUCUAGAGGAGACGGAGCAAUAUACAUGCGGUUCCCACGGAAAGGCUACCGAGAAAAGAUAUGGGACCAUGCUGCUGGAUACAUAGUCGUUGCAGAAGCUGGAGGUGUUGCCACAGACGCUGCUGGGAAUCCUCUGGACUUCUCCAAAGGAAGAUAUCUUGAUCUGGACACAGGAAUUAUCGUCACGAAUCAGAAACUGAUGCCUUCUCUCUUGAAGGCUGUUCAAGAAUCAAUUAAGGAGAAAGCUUCAUCUCUGUGAUGCAGAGACUCAACUCAAGAAUAUCAAUAAGUGACUAUGGUUCAAGCUUUUAAUAGAUGCUCACUUCAUUUCCUUUAUCUCAUGCUCUUUCUCACUUCAUUCAAAGAAAAUCUGUAUAAGCCUUUUUCAAUACAUACACCCGAAUUUCUUUGUCCUAUUUUAUACUGUGUGUUAAGGCCCCGUUUACUUUUUA